AUAUCAGAAAAAAUCUAGUAAAGAAAAAAACUUAGCACAACAAAAUGCUUAAUAGAAAAAGUUUUCUUACAUCUCAGUUUCUCAAGUGUGGAUUAUAAAUUGAAAUCUGAUUUUUAAGCCUGCAUAGCCUCAUACCUUGCUCAUAUUCAACAUAUACAACUUUUCCCCCCGCUACAUUUCACUGUAUAUUCACUCCUUAAGCAAGGCAGGGUCACCGUAAAAAGCAUGACAUAUCCUCAAAUGUAACAUCCACAAUAUCUUCACAACUGCGUGCGUCUUUCUUGUGAGGAAACUGUUUGGCUCAGGAUCACUAAUGUGAGGACAUGCAACCUCUGAAGGAUUUUAAGGGUUAAGAUUAAGGGUUGGAAAUAGGCACUUCAUUUGUAAAUGAUAUAAUUGAUGCUGUCUUUGAAAUUUAUUGUGUUCAAAUAAUUGCUGAAGUCCCUUUUUAAUUUGUUUCAAAGCUUCACUUUUCACACAUGAGCAGUUUUGCAAUGUUGAUCAUUUACAGAGCAUGAAGAAAUGUUAAGACAUUAAGGCAGUUUGCUGCAGUUGUGUGUAUUGUAAAGGGUAUUACCGCUAUUUAGUGUGACUUCAUAACUGUAUCAGCACACAUUUACAGAUCAAAAGCUUUCGGACCCGCUGGCACUUUCUGCUGCACUAAAUAUUUGUAUAAUCUCUCCGCUCCCAGCUGAGAGACAUGCAGGUUGUUCCUGUAUCACUGCCUCUGUUGACGACAUCCACUUUGAACACACAAUUGGGUAAGGUGCUUACCUCAGUGCUGCUGAGACGGAAAGCAUUUUAAACACUGUCUAUGGGGGAGGACAAAUGGGGUCACGUGAAGUCCUCAGAUACAAAGGGAUACAAAAACUGACCUUCGAGGCCCAGUUUGUAACAUUAGGACCUGUUUAUUGGCAGAAUUUGUAUAUAUUACUCAUAAGAAUGAUUGUUUGAGUGUAUCAUUUCUUUAAAACAAAAAUGCCUUAGUGCCCUGCUGCACAGAGAUCGUCAUCUUGCACUGCCAUGUUUCCAAAGCAGCCGAAGCUUACAAUGUAAAUAUAGACCAGCAUCCUCUCUGGUAUGCUAAGGCCACUGUAGUUCCUCGACACACUUGGGAAAGAGAAGAGUCAUCUAUUAAUUAUGGUCUGCAGUCCCACCAUUAGAUUUCACAAAUUCUUAAACAUAGAUCCUGUACUUUUACACAAUGACAGCUGCUAUAUACAGUUUAUGUCAAAUGUUUUUCUCUUGAAAUUAUCUUCACUCACAGGCAGUAAAAACUCUGAUGAGUGAACUUAAUGUCUCAGAUUGUGUUUGAUAGUAAGGUGUCUGUCUGUCUGCUGUAGGUUGGGGAAGGUUGUCAACAUCAUAGCAAAGGUCAACAGAGCCUUCACGUCCAGUAUGGAGGUGGGCAUACAAGUGAAUUGUGAAGACCUUUACACUGCCAGGCAGUGGAAGGUUUGCCAAGCCUUCGCAACCUUCGUUGCCAGACGAACUGAAGCUGGAAAGGUGCAGCUGAAGCAAGUGUCUCCUCACUCACAAAUGGAGCAGAUGGAGUACAGCCUGGCAGCGGAGAGAAGGAGGAUGAGGCUCAUCCAUGCUGAGAUCAUUACAGAUCUACUGAGCAGCAGCACAGCUCAACUGGGAGAAUGUCAGGAGUAUCAGGGCGCUGUGGCAGCAGAGAGGACACGAGUGGAAAGUGUAGAGCUGGUGUUGCCUCCACAUGCAAAUCACCAGGUUAGCACCUUUGGGGGCCAGAUUAUGGCCUGGAUGGAGAACGUGGCUACGAUUGCAGCAAGUCGCUUGUGUAACGCACACCCAACCUUGAGGACCAUUGAUAUGUUCCAUUUCCGUGGACCGUCUCACAUUGGUGACCGACUGGUUCUGAAAGCCAUUGUUAACAACGCCUUCAAGCACAGCAUGGAGGUGGGAGUGUGUGCUGAGGCCUACCAGGGUGGGGAACCUCUGCGUCAUAUAAACAGUGCUUUUAUGACCUUUGAGGUGCUGGACAGUGAUGGUAAACCACGCACACUGCCACGAAUCCGACCUGAGCCUGUGGAUGGAAAAAGACGCUAUCAAGAAGCCGUCGCAAGAAAGAAGAUUCGCCUUGAUAGGAAAUACAUUAUCUCCUGCAAGCAAACUGAAGUUCCUUUGUCUGUACCCUGGGAUCCAAGUAACCAGAUAUACUUAAGCUACAACAACGUAUCAGCACUGAAACUAAUGGACACCAGAAGCAACUGGGUAUUAGCGUGUGAGAAAAAUAAGGUCAGACUCUAUACACUAGAGGAAAACCACAUGCUGUGCUUCAAGGUGGAGAUGCAUGUCAAUGUCGCAGCAGAGCAGACGUUCCACCUACUGUCAGACCUCAGGAGGAGAAAAGAGUGGGACCCACAUUACGACGAGUGUGAGGUGAUCCACCAGGCAGAUGAGGAUGACACCUUGUAUCGAGUCGCUACACCCUCUGUUGGUAAAGGGGCCAAAGGCAAGGACUUUAUCUUACUGGCAUCCAGGAGGAAACCAUUUGAUGCCAGAGACCCAUAUUUGAUCGCUCUGCGUUCUGUCACCAUGCCCACUCACCCUCCCACUGUUGACUAUACCCGUGGAGAGGUGCUGUGUGCAGGCUUCACAAUCUGGGAAGAGUCCAGUUCUGUCACCAAGAUCACCUACUACAACCAGGCCACACCUGGUGUCCUCCCUUACAUCUCCACAGACAUCGCGGGCCUCUCAUCCAGCUUUUCCAGUGCUUUUUCUGCCUGCAGCCACUUUUUGGAGGCCAACAAGGACAGCCUGCCUGCAUCUGUACUGUGAUAUAACAGCACUAAUACGAGCCACAUUUCCAGACACUUUCUAAUAAUACAAACUAAAAUCUGUAAUUUGUGAAUUCACUUGCAAAAGAAAAAAGGAAAUAUUUGAAUUGCUUUCACCAUACUCUAAACAACCUUCACCUUUUCCUCUAAUUAUAAUUUUUAAUCAUUUAGGAAUUGUAGAUACUAAUUGUUGCAGCUUUGCAUGGGUAAUAUUUGUCCAUAAUUGCCAUAAGCAAGAGUUGAGCCACUCAAACGUCCGUGUGUCAUGGUCUGAUACCUCUCUUUAUUAUGCACUAAUAUUCGACAGGAGACAUAUGUGGACUGAACACAGGCCAUUCAAGCACACAGGCGCCAUGCUGUUGUGACUCGUGUAGAAUGAGGCCUGGCUUUGUCCUGCUGAAAUAAACAUGGAGACGUCAUCUUGAAUCAUAUGGUACCUUCACAAAUAUGCAGAAUCACCCAUGUCACCCCAUGUCAUGGACACUGAUGUUACCCCAAACCAUCACACAUGGUGGCUUUUGUACCUGAUUGAUAACGGUCUUGAUGGUCUGUUUCAUCUUUGAAUUGAACAAAUGUUUCUCUCAAAAACAAACUGAAUCUUGGACUCCUAAUGUUUCCAUUGAUGCAAUAACGGACUAUGUAAAAUGACAAUGAUGUUCCUCACUGUCCAUCACUGUAGCAUGACGGUUUCUCAUAUAAACCCACCUGAGGGCUCGAUGUUCAUGCACAUUCAGCAGUGUUUUCUGCCCUUGGGCUUUAUCCACAGAGAAUUUCCCCCAACUAUCUGUAUUUUAUGACAUUUAUGAUAAACUGUAGAUGGUAAAGGAUUGUUUAAUUGACCUUAAUCAAUCUUGCACUUUGACUUUGAACUGGCAAUUGUUCCACGUUUGCUCUUGCUUUGGUCGAUGCUGCUUUUAUAAUCAAUUUUCAUUCCCCCCCUCCUUACUUAUUAUCAAGGUUCAAGCGAUUAUUACAUACUGUAGUUGUAGUUUAUUUUGAGAAAACACCCCAACUUAAAAAAAAAGAAGGGGGUUUGUAUAUCAAGAAGAGCCUAUUAGACCUCACUUGGGGUACUGUUUUUUUUUGUUUCUUGUUUUUAAAAAAAGCUGCAGUUAAGUGCAUCUGUGUUCACUCAGAUUAUAAACAUAUUGGCAAUGAA